AUCAACAAUGAGUGUCGAAUGUUUUGAGACUUGGACAGACGACUACAUUUGAGCCCAGUAUAUUUUAUAUACAUUUUAGAUACGAAACGAAACUUGAGGAGUAAAAAUCUGAAAAUGAAAAUAAAGCGUGUGAUGAUGGCUGUUUCGGUGUGUCUAUGUGUGCUUCUAAUCAGCUUUAAUAUUUUUCCAAAUGUACGGAACACCGAAGAUAACACAAACAACGACAAACAAGUGAAACGGGAACAAGAUUUGAAUAUGUAUUUUCGACAAAAUUUUCCUGAUAAACAUAUUGUGGAAACGUACAACACGAGUCGCUAUUUGAUAUAUCAUUGUGACGGAAGUGGUACUUGCGGCGGAUGGACGGAUCGCUUAAAGGGGAUUGUAACCGGCUACAUUUUAUCUACUCUCACUAACCGUAAAUUUGAUAUCCGGAUAACCGACAUUCCAUGCAAUUUAAGUUCAAUAAUACAACCUAAUAUCAUAAAAUGGGAUUCCAACCCCGUGUUAAAGAAGUCAAGUAUUUCAAAUCAUUUCUACGCCGGUUCUACUCAAUUCUACAACAACAUAAAAGAUAUGGAUUUUAACGUCGAGUUUAAAAAACCCAUUGUUUAUUUUCGGACAAACUUAGAUUACGUGGAUGGAUUGAAACAGAACAAAUUGUACAACACACAGCUUUCGUGGAUGAAACACCUGUCACGUGAUCAAGUCUAUGCUAAGAUUGUAAAAGAAUUAUUCACCUUAGCUCCGGACUCUCAGAAAUUAAUGGAUACGUUUAUGAAAACAGCGUUACCAUCUGAAAAACACAAAUUGGUUUGUGCUCACGUGAGAAGGGGACGUAACCCUACUAUACCCAAUGAUUCUCAAGUGAGAGUAUCCGACGAGGACGUUUUGCACGUGUGGAAGUUUUUACGUCAUUAUAAUAACCCUGAUAUAUACAGGAUAUUUUUUACGUCAGAUUCAGACAGUGACGUAACACGCGCGAGAAACUUAUUUCCUGAUCAAAUGGUAGAGAAUAAGGGGCAGGUAAUUCACUUUGACAAGGCCAGGGAUCAGAAGGAUUGUGAAGGAUUUAGAAAGGUUGUGGUUGAUCAGCAAAUAUUAAUGAAAUGUGAUGUUUUAAUGAUUAGUUUUAGUGGAUUUAGUCGCAUGGCAGCCUAUGUUCGAGGAAAGGAUGAUGACACGUUCUGUCUGUUGAGAAACCAUACUGGUAUAAUUCCCUGUAAACCAAGUACAAUGAAAGAGUUAUAUCAUGUUAUGGGGUAAACCAACAGAGAGAGAGGGUGGGGGGUAUGAUUCAACGUGUUAAUUUAACAAAGGCCGUGUAAAUACAUGUAAAACUUUAUGUUAAUUCGGUUUGAUAUAUUUAAAUAUACAGUAUGGGAGAUUAAAUAAAGAGCUGGUGAUUAUAAUAGUUAAAAACUAGAUAAUGUAAAGGGAACUUGCUGAAAAUAUCAGUCAAAUUGAUUCACCCUGAACCGAGUAUUUAGCGAUUGAAUUUUGAGCCUAGCCUCGAUCAUCAUUACUAAAUUCGGUACGAUAAAAUACAUAGUAA